AUGAGAUUUGUGUUUAUCAUUUUAGGAACUGCUGGUGACUCUCUUACAUGGCAUCGAAAUAUGUCAUUCUCCGCUAAAGAUCAAGACAAUGACCAAGCUUCGGGCGCGAGCUGUGCCAUUUUAUGUGAGGGAGCCUGGUGGUAUAGUGCUUGUCACAGCUCCAACUUGAAUGGUCGCUAUCUUAAUGGGAAUCACUCCUCUUAUGCUAACGGUGUAGACUGGUAUCCCUGGAAAGGCUAUCAUUACUCCGCCGAACGGGCUGAAAUGAAAAUCAAACCAGUAGAAGCCUAGUCCGUACAGUUGAGCCCUGUAUGCGGAAACCGAAGAGGCAAAGCAAAUAUUAGGAAGAUAUCCGUUUUAAAGACGUCACUACCAUGACUUCGAAUUUAAGACUCCUCUGAUAGUUUUAAAUAGCCUUCCCAGCAAGCGUUAUUAAGGGCGAUCAAGAGGGUUCUGGUGCUCGCACCUCAAACGUCGCCUGACCGACCCAAAUAACGCCUUUUGCUCUCAGGCUAGUCUUAAGUAUUAAGUAACCAAAAAGAAGUUCCACAAUUGACUAUAAACUGUAUCUAAAUUAAUUAAUAACCAGUAGUGAAACACUGGAGACCAUUUAUUCGAAGAAACUAGAAUAGAAUAAAACGCGUCUCUGAAAAGGUGCGUCUUUCGUGAGACGCACACAUCCUGUAUAAAUUGGCACAUGCAUGUUGUCUGAAAUAAGACGCAACUUAUUAGCUAAGACGUUUUAUUUAUGUAUUCACUUGCUUUAUCUAAAGAACAACUCGUAGCAGCUGUGUUUAGAUAAGACGCUUCUUAGCCAAGACGAAGACCUCGUAUCAAUGACUCGUUCGCGUCAGGAGCCGAUUACCAGCCACUGUUCGCGUCUUAUAAAAGACGCAAUCGUAUAUUACGCCUGCGUUAUUUUAGCACGCGCCAUGUUGGAUUGCCGUUGCUACUGGCAGCAUUUGAAUGAAAGCGAUUAUUUGCCAAGAAAUAAGGCUUCAACCGGGGGCGAAUCAAUUAUGCGAGCUGUUCUUGUCUUAUGUAAGAUCUACCCCUACAUAUAUUUGGUACGGUUCGAGUCUUAUUUAACACGCGUAUUAUUAUUUUUUUCCUGGCUAAGUGGCCUUAAGUCUAUCAUGAUCGGUAGCUAUAUAAUUUGUUUAUCUAAGCUACACAUACGACUCAGUUUUGAAACGAGAAGAUCAACAACGUACAAAGCUGUAUCACGUUUGCACUUUCUCCGUCGACCCCCAUGACAGUUAUCUAAAAUUCUAGGACAAGCAAAUAGGAGCAAGAUCAUUCAAUGUAAUGUUUCUUGUUUGAUUAUAGAAGGUUUGCGCAUUGCAUCUUGUUUAAUAUCAAUUCAAAGUAAGGAAAGACUAACGAUGACUACACAACGACCGCGAACGAGUAUUCUGACAUCGAAGUUGAGAUUUGAAACAGCGGAUAUGGAUCUCUUUAGAAGGCAAGCCAUAUAGAUAUAUUAAUAAUUGAUUGACUGGAUAUUCCACUAUAAUCAAUAGACGCUCUUGAUGUUUUCGCCGGAACCAGAUUUGUUUGGUAGAGAUUGACGCAAAAAUGAAUUUAAACGCCUCCUUAAAAGCCCUAUCUUGGACCCCUAAAAUUAUAUAAACGCCCAGGAUGUCAAGUUGAUCUGUUUUGCGGUACACACUGUUUCUGUGUACGGUGGUAUAGGUAGCAUACCAUCACCCGCAGCAAUGAAUACGGGCAGAUUGCAAUAACAAUAGUCAGGUGCCACAUCGGUGCAGUACUUCUGGUAUAAGAGACCUUAAGACACACACUGAUUCCGCGUACGGGUACAGGUAGAACAGUGAUACCAUUAUCACUGGAACUCCUCGGAAAUCAUGAUUACCUACUGCGCAUGCGUGGCAAACAGGUUUGCCUACCCAUAGACAAGGCAUCAUGGAAAGCAGUUUUUGAGUCUGUGAAAGGACUGCUUGUUCUUGGUGGGGCAGCCUGCGCAGCUGGCGGGAUCGUCAGUGCGCGCAAAGUUUUGACGGAGGAGAUGUAG